AUAAAAGUGACUUGUAGCUACAGGGCAAGCGACCCGUUCGAGACUCUCUUUCGAAGCAGAAGGUUCAUCGCACAAGAAAGUCACGCGCUCGCACACCUGCCUUUCACUAUUGCCAUCAACCAACCAUGACCGGCAUCACGGAAGCGGACAAAGAAAACAUUCACUUCAUUUGGGAAAAGUUGUAUGAGAAUCCAGAGGAAAAUGGCAGAACGAUUGUACUCAGGAUGUUCACAGACUACCCCGAAACAAAGAUGUAUUUCCAGCAUUUUAAGAAUAUUUCGACCCUGGAGGAAAUGAAGAAAUCGCCGCAGAUCAAAAGACACGGAAAAAUAGUGAUGUCGGCUCUGAACAAGCUCAUUGCCAACUUGGAUAACGGGGAGGAACUUUCCAGCUUACUUGCAAAGAUGGCAGAAAGACACAUCAAUGUGCAUAAAGUGGACUUGCACAACUUUCAGAUUAUAUUUAACAUCAUCAUAGCUAUCCUGGAAGAGACAUUCGGCAACGCGUUCACGCCUGAGAUCCGUGGGACCUGGACAAAGUUGUUCGGUGUCAUUUACGCCUGUUUGGAAUCGCACUACAAAGACGCAGGAUUUUACCCCUAGAGCCUUUGCCUCUACGUCCAAACUGCUUCACACUGCCAAACCCCAGCACCUGGUUGCAUUAUUAUGCAUUAGUAUUCAACCCCUGUUGAAGCAUUACUAUCGAUGCGAUUGUGAAAUGCUCAACUGCUGCGCAAACAAUAAAAACAAAACUUGAGCUGGGAUCCGAAUGCUUCUUCUUUAGCCGCGCGAUGUCGUGUGUUUCCGCUGAUAUUUAGAUCGUGAAAGACAAGUGAUUGUAGCGAAUAAAUAAAACUAGAAGCGACUCUUGAUG